ACCUCACGACUGCUUCAGUUCUUUUUCUAUAUCAUAUAAUGCUGUGGGAGUGUCAGCUCAUUGGCAAUAUUACAAGCUCCUUAACCAUGGAGGCUACAGCCAAGUACGACUAUGAAGCUGCAGCUGGCGAUGAACUCAGCUUCAAAAAGGGACAGCGAUUGAAGAUUCUGCAGACCACUGGAAACUGGUACAAAGCAGAACUCCAUGGAUUAGAGGGAUGUGUCCCCAAAAACUUCAUCAACAUUGACUUGCCCAGCUGGUACCAGGAGGACUGCAGUCGCAGCGAUGCCGAGAAAAAGCUGAUGCAACAGCCUGUGGGGGCCUUCCUCAUACGGGGUAGCCAAAAAGUAGCUAGGGGUGACUUCUCCAUCUCUGUAAGACAUGCAGCAGAUGUGGAGCACUUCAAGGUGCUGCGGGACAGCAGAGGGCAGUAUUUCCUGUGGUCAGAAAAGUUCCCUUCUCUCCAACAGCUGGUGGAAUAUUACAAAAACACCUCUAUCUCCAAACAGGGUCCAGUAUUCCUACAAGAGAUGGGACAACAGCAACGAGGAGGCUCAGACAGUUUACCGCCUCUCCCUGCUCCUCCACUCUCCGACUGCCCACCUACACCUGCCCCACGACAGCACAAAGUCUCCUCCAAGCUGCAGGUCAGAGCUCUGUACAGUUUCCACGCUGAAGAGAAGGACGAGCUGCAGUUCAACGCCGGCGAUGUUAUCAAGGUCCUGGAGAGGUCUGACCAGGCCUGGUGGAAAGGCCAGCUGAGGGGCAAAACAGGCCUGUUCCCAUCCAGCUACACCCAACCCAUCUGAGAGGAACACAUGCAAACACAUGCAAUAUUGCUAUUACUUUUUAUCCAAACACAUGCCUAAAGCUAAUAAUCGUAACCUCAACCCUGACUUACAGUAAGUCACAACCCUGAAGCUAGCAGCAGAAGCCUGUGUUGUGAAAAAAAGUGUUAGCUGUCUAGAAUAAAAAUGAAGACUAACUUGUUUGUUAAGACACAUGCACGCACUCACACGCGUGCGCAGGCACACACACACACACACACACACACACACUUCUCGAAGAAUCAUUAAAUUUUACAUAUUGUAGUUAUCCUAAACAUGAUGAGUUUAGUUUAAGAUGUGUGUCGAUAUCAACCAUGACAUAUUUAUUUUUAAAUUGUUAUAUUUGAACAGUAAAAACAGUGAUGAACCUUAUCAUUGAGAGCUGAUUAUACAUUUUAAAAAUGAUUAACACAUUAUCUUGACCUGUCCUUUCCAGUGGUGGAAUGUUAACUAAGUAAAUCUACUCACGUCCUGUACUUAAGUACAGUAUAGAGUUACUUGUACAUUCCCUUUUAGGCUACUUCAUACUUCUGCUAUACUACACGUUUUCAUUGCAAGUUGUAACUUUUCGGUUUUACAUGUUAAACAUUUGAUCAGUUUAUAGAAAAAUUAUGCAAUGUUGUAGAUUAAACUACUGUACAGUAUAUUAGGUUGCAAAUCCUGCCAACAUUAAAAUGCUGCUCACAGUUAAUGCAUGUUCUGAUCAAAUGUGAUGAUAAAUUGUGCCAUUUUGCAUGAUGAAUACGUUUACUUUUGAAACAUUAAAGCACCUAUAAUUUA